CUCCCCUUAGCAACAGAAGAAAGAUGGCGGCGCCCUGUACCUCUAAUCAUUCUCCCGAGAUAUCGACGCCGUUAAAGAUGCCGAAAACAGAAGUUCCAUCACCAGAAUCAGAGGAUUUGAGUGACAGCAACCAAUAUCAUUCCAAUCCAUCCACACCUAAUCGAUUCUCGCCUCUCAACGUAGGUAUGACGAUUUCUGGGAGCGCAGGCCGAAGUGGAUCGGCCUUUGCCUCAAAUAGCUUCACAGCUUGCCGAGGGAUGUCGUGGACCCCAUCCGAAACAAACGCCCUUAUUGCGGUGUGGGGCAAUGAAAGACUGACGGAGGCACGAAUGCAGCAAUUGGAGGUUGCAGGCACCGUUUUUUCUGGAAAGGCCCCUGGUCCCGCAAUGUACGAGCGGGUCUCACGAGCUCUAGCAGAGCUCGGCUACGAAAGGACCCCAUCCCAAUGCAGGGAGAGGAUGAAGGUAAUGGGGGACAGAACGCUGCGCCGGUGCUAUAGCAGAGUGAAGGAGCAUGGCGUCGGCAAGAGGAAAAGUAGUUACUCCAUCGAGCAGCUGGAAAAGGUGUUUGGCCAGGGAGGCUGGGACUCCCAGACGUGUGCCCCUGUCCUCAUCAACAGUAGUGGCCUGUACCAGGAGAUGGAGUCUGACGGCAGCACCAUGGAGGACUUCUCCCAAGAAGACUGGUGCAACCAGGUGCUGGCCUCCGCCUUCCAGGAGGGAGAGAUGGAAACUGAGGAAACACAGCCGCCAAAGAAUGCCAGUGUCCUGCAGCUUCGACCUGAGCCCUCGGAGCAAGUUCAGAAACAGGAAGUGAUGCAGAAUGUGGUGCGCAUCCUGGAGUCGGUACAGGUGAAGUGGGAGCACUUCCAGACGUGGACCGACUUCUCCAGAUUGCACCUCUCCAACAAGCUGGCCAUCUUUGGUGUGGGCUACAACACACGCUGGCACGAGGACGUCUGCUACCACUACGCCGAGAUCAGCUCCCAGGUGCCCCUGGGUAAGCGGCUGCGCGAGUACUUCAAUCCGGAGAAGGCAGAGGGCCGUGUCAUCAUGACCAAAGUGCAGAAGAUGAACUGGAAGAACGUUUAUUACAAGUUCCUGGACAUCACCAUUAGCGAAGCCCGCUGCCUGGAGCUGCACAUGGAGGUAGACUGGAUCCCAAUAGCACAGUCAAGGGUGACGGGCUGCAGCAACGGGGCCUCCCAGUACCUCCUACCCGGGGGAAUCCCUAAGACUUAUGGCCUUUAUGCCAUCGGUUACGAGGAGGUGUCAGCGGAGUCAGACUACACAGGGGAGGAUGAGGCCCCAGACUCUCCGCUGCAGCACCAAGACUCUGACCAGAGCUUGCCUCUCUCUGGAUCGUCGGGCUCUGGCGGGUCUGGGUUCGAGAGUGGGGUGGGCCCGGGAGGGAGAGUGGGGGAGAAGACGGUGGCCAAAGUGACCUACUGCUACCUGGGCAUCGCAGAGGAGAGGACCCUACAGCAGUGCCUGUUCCAGCACUUUCAGAGCUCAGGCAAGCACUACAGCCGCAGGCAGCCCUCGGCCGUCACACGCUUCCUCCAGGGGAACUGCAGGGGCACCGGGCAGCAAGCCAGGGAAGAGGGCCUCUCCAUGGGCCCUGAACGCUCGGCCAUUUACAUCAAAUUUAUCGAGGUGGAGCUAGAUUUCCUCUCCGCUGGCUCCCUGGUGGAAUGUCUAGAAAUUGCAGUUGGUUACUCCUUAAAGUACAACAAAGCGACGUUGUAACGCAUGUUGUUUCAAUUCCCAUAGACUGAAGGAUUGAAAGAGGGCCAGAGGGACAUGCAGUAUCUCUUUCUCCCAAUUUAAGUGCAGACCUGAGUUCAAAUACUAUUUGAAAUAAUUUUGAGUACUUAAUCUGGGCUUGAUUGAGCUUGCCUGGGACAAUAAAAACAAUAGAAUAGUCGCAAAACUGCAAACCCCACCGAUCUGACACUCCAGGCAGGCUGAAGCAAACACCAAAAAAUAUUUGAAAGAUUUAAAAUAGUGUUUGAACCCUGAUCUGUAUACACGCUAUCUAAUCAGGGAAUGUGAGAGGGAAUGGCUAGUGCUGGAUGCAUUUCCCUACCUCGAGGAUAUAGCAGGGGAUAUAUAUUAAAAGAUUGUGUGUGCGCUUGUUUAAAAACUGCCUUUACAUUUCUUAGACUUUGGAUGUCUAUCUUCAGGUCUAAAUUGCCACAAAAAGAUCCAGGGGUAAAGAUCAUGUAAGGAAUGUGAACCAAUUGAAAAGAGGACCUAAAGGGGAAAUAUGAAUGAAUAUAUAAAAUAUUUGAAGAUCUCUAUAUAGAAAUAUAUAUUUAAGAAUAUAUAUUGAUGUUGUCAAGCAUUCCAGUAUUUGCAAACAUAUGACAUUCAAAGAAGUAUGUUAAUGUUUUGGUGUUUUAUUAUAUAUAUUUUUUAUUAUUGGUUAACAGUCUUUGCGUAUUAUUGUUUCCAGGUCACAGUCUUGUAUGUUUACAUGUUUAGAAAAAACAAUAAAACGGGGCGCUGACCGUCAUUUGCCACUCACCGAUUAGUUUUAGGUUCCGGUGUGCUCAUUUGUGGGUGUUGGGUGUUUGCUAUCUAGUGAUGACCUGUAGGUCCUAUCCUCCCUUGCAGAAAAGCCCAUGCUUCAUGCACCACUUUGUCACUAGAUGGCAGCAAAUAACAGGGUGCUGAGAAGCUACAGGCAGAAGGCGAAUACCUGGCCUGCUACAUUAGGUUACUGAAUCCCAAACUAUGGGGGGUGAUAAGUUCCAGAAUUAAGCCUCAUGUGUACACGUCAUGCAGACGUAGUGUUCACGUUGUGUAACGUGGCACUGACACAUGCUCAGACUGGGAUUCUUUUUUGUUUUGAACGGUCAUCCAACUCGGAAUUCCAAUUCAGAAACUCUGGCAUCUUUCUCUGACCUGAAAAUCACUGAUGUUACAGACACAAUCAGACACAAUCACAGUCAUCCUUAGGCUAUACAUUUCUGUGGAGAUGUCUUAUGGUUAAAAGCAGGGCUUGAAUUGAGGGGAUAUGUGAGGAUAUAGGCCUAACCCUUGUAAGAGAGACGGGCAAAAAGCAUGCUCCCCCUUGUUUACUUAGCCUUAGAAAAAAGCGAUCUAGGCUAUAACAAUGAUUAACUCCAUGAUUAUUUCCGCAUUGUUUACUAGCCUAUCGAAGGUCUUGCUCAGCCUCAACAUCACAGGAAAAUGUACUUGUUUUAUUAAAUGCUCCGCAAUUUAGAAUAUUAGUGGUAGGCUAUACCAAAAAUACCUAAAAAAGAUAAAAUCAGUAGGGGUCUAUGCAUAGACCAAAGAUCUUAACAGAUCAAAAAAAAUAUAUUCUGGAGAAUCCCAUUGAAUCAGGCUAUUCAUUUCAGUGCAGUUGCGUUCUUACACAUAACCUUAGCCUAAAAGUAACCGAAAACACCCCAGCCUGUUUUGAUCACAGAUCAUGAUGAAGCCUGAACAUUUCAGCUGUUUGUCAUUGAUUUAGCCCACAAUCACCUACAGAUUUGAUACACCUGAAGACCUGUAUUUAAUCUGGAUUUGACAAUCAAUAGCCUGACUAGGAUCCUGACUUUUUCCCAUGUCAUAUUUGUUACCAAUUAGGCUAAAUGUAUUCCUAUUAAUACGCUUUUGUUUUCAUAUUAUUUUACAUAGACAUACCAUUGCGAUGUAAUGUUAUUUAUCAACUUCUAUGUUUUAUGAAUAAACUGGCAUCGGGGGGAAAAAAUAUCAUUUUGAUGAUCCAUACACAUUGUUACUUACCAUAUAAAAAAUAAUUUAAAUAAAAAACUUUGGCUAA